AGUUUCAUUUAGACAUAAAAGAGGAAGCGAGUUCAGCGUGUUGCAGUUCAGUCAGUUAUAAAACCCCCUCAUCUCCUAAGGGACCUUCUUUCUAUACUUCUGUGCUAUAGAGGAUUAGAAAUAAAACACAUGUCAUCUUAGAAGUGUAUUUAAAAAGGAAAUAAAAACAGAAUGUUGCAUUUUGGGGUAGGACAGACUCACGGGAAGCUUUAAACUGGUUAGAAGACAACGAAUUUUCUGUACCUGGUCAGCUGCUGUAUCCUUGGAGGCUCUCAACACUGCCUAUCAAGACUUCAAUCAGAUUUCUUCGCAGAGCUGGGAACAAUCAGAUUACUGCGACAGCCCUUGCCAACUUCAGAGGGAUGCUGUCGGAAGGUUACCUUUACGGAAUCGCCUACCUUUGUGAAGAUCUGAACCCUGAGCUCUACAGCAAGAGUUCGGCUGAGGAAGUGGUGUAUGAAAUGAAGUCCAUUAAUUAUUCUUCCACGGAUGAAGCACAGGGAAGAAGCUUCCUUCAGAGACGCCGAUCUGCUGGCAGGUGCAUUUCUUCAGUCUGCUCUAGAGGUAGCAAGCACAGCAGAAGGCAGAAGGAUAAUCUGCUUCAGCCGACACAGCACCCCGCGCCCGCUGGGCAGCCGUCUCCAGCUACGCAUGUCUGCCAGGGGCUGGCGAGAAAAGACACCUACCUGGUUCCGUCUUCCUGCAAAAGCAUUUGCAAGAACUACAACGAUUUGCAUAUAGCCGGGGACUACGUGGUGCCGAUUAGCUCAGUCACGACGGAUUUUACCUGCGACAGCGGCCUAGGCCCCUUCUUGGAGUCCUCGGAGAUUCCUCCCGCCAUGGAGUCCAUGAAGGUCCCCAUCUCCAGCGACACCAGCCGAAAGCCGGUCCAAGGCUACUCCUCGUGCUGGCGGCUGGCGAGCUUAGUGCCCCACCAGCAGCCCCUCUCCGACUCAGCCCUCAACGACUACCUCGAACAGAAGCUGGUGGAACUCUAUAAGCAGUACAUCAUGGAUAGCACAGCAAACAGGGCAUCCCCCACUCAGAUCCUGGCCUCGGAGCUUAUCAUGACUAACGUAGAUCAAAUCAGCAUGCAAAUAUCACGGGAGAGGAAUAUGGAGACCACCAAGGCCAAAGACAUUGUCAUUAGCCGCUUCUUACAAAUAGCCAGUGAAAAAAUAUCCUCAGAAAUUAGCACACCCAGUCUGCAUAUUUCCCAAUAUAGCCACACUAACGCAUAGUAUUUGAAUGUCUGCCGUCAGAAGGCUUUUAUGUUCCGCAAAGUCAAUUUUUAGUUUCUUAAGACAAUUUUCUGCUUCAUAAAAAUGCAUCCACCAACUACCACUUAAAUUAAACCUUCCAGUACAUAUUAAGCAAGCAAAAAUAUCUGUCCUGUGCAGGCCCUACUGUGGACCAGAUGAUUUAUUGUUUGGGUUUUUUUUUUUUUUAAAAAGUCUUUCCCUAAAGGCUUAUUUUAGUGAGCCUCAGACAUUAAAAAAGUUUUGUAAAAAAAUGACUAAGGGCAUAUGACGCUCUUCCAGGUGCUCAGGUGUUCGCUUUCUUCCCCACGUGCUUGACAAAUCAUUUCAACUUUCCUCCAUUUGGUGUCUGCAUGAGGCGAAGGCUUAUGCCCACGCAAGCACAAACGCAGUGAUGGCAGAGCCACAGAAAUACAGAAUUUAGGAUGUCAUCUAGUUCAUCUCCCUGCCCCAAACGUCUUUACUUUAUGACAUCCCUCACAGAAGUUUUUAUAAUUUGUUCUUAAAGAUAUUAAGGGAUAGACACUUCACGGUUUCUUCUAUACUAACCCUAAUUAUUUAAUUGGUGUCUUCCUGUUCAAAAGCUACCAUCCCUUUUUGUGAAGCACAAACUCUGUUUCCAAACAGACUUCAUCAGUAGGAGCGUGCGUGUAUACCUGUGGGUUUUGCACUGAACCGAACUAUAACAACGGGCGCUGGUGACCUGGGAUCGCAGACAGAUGUCACCUUUGCCAGCUGCUUACAGACCUGCAGCCGCGGAGUGGUCGUGUAGGGACAGCGAUGAUAGUAAAGGGGGAAAGGGAAGAAGAAUUCAGCUCUGUUAAGAGAAUCACACAUUGAAAAAUAAGGGCUAAUCCAAAGCCCGUUUGAUUAAUGCGAACAGUUCCUUUGAAUGCAGAAGGAAAGCUGAAACGGAUUGCUCAGCAGCAUGGCUGACCCCUCCUUUUGUUAGGAUCAUUGCUGUGUAUCAUAGGUCAAGGUCAUUUGAACCUGAUGUAUUUCUAAUAGGAAGGUCCUUUUUUGUAAAAUUUCACUAAGUCUUAUAGAAGAAGAAGAAGAAGAAGAAAAAAAAAGAUGCCCUCUGGCAAGGAGGGUUACCUACUUCGAGUUUGUAUACUGUAUAACGUAUUGUCAAUGCCAAUCUAUUGUUGGCUGAGUUUCUAAGUAUCAGUAUAAUAUAAAUACUAAUUUAUAAUAAAUAUUCAUAAGAUGUUUUCACGUUA